UCUGAUAAUAUAUAUAAGGGAAAAAGUUAUGGCAAUUAAUUUUACAAAUGGUUGUUGUUUUGUGUUUGAUACAGAUUCCAGUGUUGCUCAUCGAAAUCGGACCAUGUCUUUUGAGGACUGCAGUCUGUGCUGGAAGCUGCUCUUUUCUCUCUGUCCUGCUGUUUUUAUUUUUUCCACCUCCUUGACCUCAAUGUUUGGUUUUCUCCUUUGCUGGAAAACAGAAACACCGCAUGAUAAGGAAAAAAAAUGUGAAUCCAUGAGACCAACAGGACAAACAGAGGGGGAUGAUGUCUGCUUUGCUGCCCUGAAAGAAAAAAAGAGAAUGAUCCACAGAUUGGACUUCAGGAUCUUUACUGAUGUCAUGUACAACAUAAAAGUUGAAGAUUAAAAUGUGUGAUAAGGAGUUACUUUAUGGAGUCAUUUUUCAAUUUCUACAUCAGUGGUGCAGAUGACUGCCAGACCUGGAGAAAACAUCCUUCUCUACUGUGACUGCCAGCGGUCAUCUGGAGUGUAUAUACUGUGGUACAAGAAUUCCUCACAUGAAGACACACCAACUCUUGUUCUAAAUAUGAAGACUGAUUUAGAAACAGAAAAGAAAUUUCCUCGUUUCAGAUUUCUGAAGAACUUUACGUUUGAUUCCUAUGACCUGCUGAUUGUACACGCCAAUAAUGCUGAUGAAGGGCUCUAUUACUGUGGAACUGAAGAGACCAAGGUGAAGGGAAMUAGAACCAUUGGAUCGGAGACAAUCCACCAAUACGGCAACAUCAUCACAAAGAUCACACUUGAUCAAACUGUUUGUCAUCCAAAUAUUACCCAGACUGCAAAGGACUGCGCUGCCUGCUGGAAGAUGCUCUCCUCCCUCUGUCCAGCUCUUUCUGUUCUUUUUGCCCUCAUUUCCGGAGUUACGGUUUAUCUCUUUUACAAGAAAGCAGCUAAAAAAGCUCAAGAAAACAACAGGAGGCUUGAAACGAAAAGACAAACCAGGGAAACACAGGAUGAGAAUGUUUGCUACGCGGCUCUGGAAAUCCAUCGACCAUCACAGAGACCAAAGAGGAAGAGGAAAACCCAGGCUCCAGACUUCAGCACAUAUUCUGAGCUCAAAACAUCAGCGGUGUAGGAGACUGACUCUGAACUCAGACGUUUUAGUCCUGAACAAUAAGUACCAGUUAUAUUCUUUCUAACAUUCCCUAAGAAUCUAACAGCAUCUUUCAAAUAAAAAUCAAGUGUUUUUCAGAAAACUUAUUUUGAUUUUUAACAAUAAAAUCAUUGUACAUCAUCCCAGACCUAGUUCCAAAACAUGUCUAAAGGCAUAUAUGUGCAAAAUUCAUUCUAUAUUUUUUUUAACCUUUCUUCUAUGUAACACAACAGUCCCUGACAAAACAAAGUAAUGUUUCUGUUCCUCUUUUCCAAUAAAACCCCAAUAGUUAUAUUUUGUCAUUUAGAAUUUUUCUCUGUGGAGUUAAACCCA